CGCGCUUCGCUCCUGCGAGCAGCCAGCGGCUCAGGAUCGGAGCAGCUCGGGGCGCUUCGCCGUCCGUCUGUCUGUUGGGUUUGAGCAUCAUUUUAAUAAUAAUAACAACCGGUUUUUUCCUUUUGAAUCUAAUAAUGAAAGAAUGUGACGUCCAUUCAAACGCGCCGUGGAUUUUUCUUGGUUUCCUCUCCCGUUAUAGCGCUAACGUUUCCUCAGACGGAGCUGUGAUUUGGAGCCAGUUUCUACUAUAAUCUGCCCCAUCCUCCAGCAGCUCUGUUCGGGGUUCACCUGGGGGAGAGUCCGGGGUUCUGGUAGCGCUCUGACCCUCUUUCUGGGAGGGGGAUACUAUGUCCAGACGAAAACAGACCAACCCCUUCAAAGUUGACUGGCCAUUCCACACUUUGGGCUUAUCAGGACUCCAGCACACCAUUAACAUGGAUGGCAGGGAUGAAUUUAGCGAGGAUGGCGAAUGCUGCAACAACAUCUCCCAGGAAGUCCAAGGACAGGAUAGCGUCACAGAAGAAAGUGAUAGCGACCCUGACAUCCACGGCGAAGAUUCCUCCUCCAACGCAUCUGCUGACGACCACAUGUCCGCCAACAGAGCACAGUGCCGCCUUCAAGGAGCCGGUGUCAAAGUGGAGAGUGACGAGGGGACUGACCACAGCAGCAACUUCAUUUGUCCUCUGUGCUCGCUGGAUUUCAGCAGCCCUGAGAGACUCAUUUCACAUGUCUACCAGCAUACAAGCAUGAUGAGCAACAACAAGAGCUACGUGUGCCCAGUGUGUGGGCGAGCCCUGAGUUCUCCUGGCUCACUUGGACGGCAUCUUCUCAUCCACUCCGAGGACCGCCUCUCCAACUGCGCCGUCUGUGGUGCACACUUCACAGACACCAACAACUUUAACAGGGAAAAGCUAAAAGACGUCCUCGACUCGACCAGGAUGGAUGCCACAGGCGGAAGGGACUCCUGUUCCAUGUCCCAGUCCCUCUCCAGCAGCCCCAUGAGUAGCCCGGGUUCAAGCACGCACUCCUGCCACGGACCGGGCCCCAGCCCCAGUUCCUGUCAGGGCCCACAUCUGUGUCAGGCUCCUGAUGCCAACCCCAACCUGUGUCAGACGCAUCGUUCCUGUCAGAGCUCCAGCCACAUCCCAAACCAGUGUCAAGGCCCCAGAGCAUGUCAUGGGUCCAGCCCUGGAUGUGGAUCGUGCUCGGGCCCUGGGCCAUGCACGGGGACCGACCAGGGACCCUCCUUUCCCUCACUGCCUGAUGGGCUCCUGUCCGAAGGUCCAUCGCUCGCCUCUAUUCCUAACUCUUUAAACUCCUCCUCUUCAACCCUUCCUCCAAUACCUGACAUCCUCAGCCCGAUGCCUGUGUACCCUGCAGGGGUACUGCUGGUGUGCAACAGCUGCGUGGCCUACCAACAGUUAGUGGAGGCGCAGUCCCCCAUGAGAAAGUGGGCCCUCCGUCGCAAGAACGAGCCCUUGGAGGCUCGCGUUCAGCGCUUGGAGCGCGAGCGUACGGCCAAGAAGAACAAACGCGCAUGCGAGACAGACGAAGAGAGGGAGCUGAGGAGACUGAGGGACCGUGAGGCCAAGCGCAUGCAGAGGAUGCAGGAAACAGAGGAGCAGAGGGCGCGCAGGCUGCAGAGAGACAGGGAGGCCAUGCGGUUAAAGAGGGCCAACGAGACGCCGGAGAAGAGGCAGGCCCGGCUGAUCCGCGAGAGGGAGGCAAAGCGGAUCAAACGGCGGCUGGAGAAGAUUGACCCCGCCCUCAGGACACAGAUAGAGCAUGACCCUGCUGCCAUGGCCGCACUUACAGCAGACAUGAACCUCUUUCAGUUCCCCUGUCCGAUGCCCGUUCCUUCCAUUGACAAUGGUCUCUUCAUGAAGCUGCCAUGAGACCAAACAUCCCCAACCCGUGCCCUCAGAUCACCUGCUGCGGUUUGAACAGCUUCAUACAGAAAUCCCUAGUUUCUAAUUUAUUACAGUCUAUAAAGCCUUGGGAACAGGGUUGAGAAUGUUUUUUUUUUUUUUUAAGCAUGUUGUGAAGAGAUUUGUCUGUUGUUAAGUGGACUCUCAGAUUUAACUAUACAUUCUGGUGGAAGACUUUGCAGUAAAGAAUAAAGUAAAAUAUCCUUUGCACACGGAUUCUCAGUACGGGGGACGGGGACUCUGUAGCGGGAGGUCCUCCCAGCCCAACCUGGACUCGGUAACUUGGACUUGCCGGUAGCUAAGUCUCUCUCUCUCUCUCUCUCUCUCUGUCUAAGCUGCUACCGUAGAACGUUCAUGUCCAAACUACUACCUCACCCGGGGCCAUGGAGGGGCCCUCUGCGCCGCAGCUCCUAGCUUCCAAAGCUACACUCACUAUACAAUACUACAAAAGAUGCAGGUUGUUCAGCCUCACUCUGUUUUUAUAUUCCUUAUUUUUGAUGCUUUAAUGGGACUCAUGCGUUCAUCUGCUAGAUCAACUCUGAAUGUUUCUCCAUUCCAUGAAAAGUGUUGAAAAGCAUUCCUUUUUUCAUUUAUCCUUAUUUCUUUACUUUUUUAAAUCUGUGUAAUUUAUUAUUUUUUUUCUGUUACAGAGCCUCUCCAGGCUCAUAGCUGUGUGCUGCUGUUAUUGUACUGUACAUUACAUUAUUUACCUCUGAUAUAUUCUGGGCUCAUAACGUGGACUGAAACCCCAUUAUGUUACCUGUGGACCUCAGAAUUUAUUCAUUACUUGAAUCUUUUUCUGCAAAGAGUUUGUGUUUAUGCUGAUGAGUAAACGGCUACGUGUCGCUGUUGGUGUGAAGAGAAUUGUGCUUCGUUUUAACCUGUUUUGUGCAAUUUCUGUAGCAUUCACGUUGUUUGUGAGUGUGCAGUACUUUUAUUUUAGGUUAUUAUUACAACUUAUUUUCUUUUUUAUAUCCACAAAUCCCCUAAGAGGUGACAAUUCUUUACAGGCGUAUCUAAAAAAAAUUAUAUUAUUUAAAAAGUUAUAAUUAAUAAAUCUAAUUCAAAGUCAAUAGAUUCAUUACACACAGAGUGAUUUAUAGUAAACAGGCUCAGAGAUUUCAGUUUCUUAUAAAGAGUAUUUUAUAAACUAAAUAACACUAAAACUGGCAGCCUACUGAUUUGUGUGUCAAGUUGCUUAUUUUGCAUAAUUACUGCAUCACUGCAGCAGUGCCUCCUGCUGAGGUUUAAAGGAACCCCAGGUUACUUUAUUAGACAAGUACAGAUGCCCAGUACUGCUAGAGAAGGAAACGGUUUUUCUAUAAAUUUCACCUUCAUCACCAAACCAACUUGAUUUCUAAAUGAAAUGCAAAAUUCCUUGUAUCCUCAGAAUUUACACAAAUUUUCUCCACAGCCCAGAUGAGAUGCAUUUAGUUCAGGAACAGCAGUUUUAUCUAAUGUCCUUACAGGUGUGUCCAAGGAGGCUCUUUAAGCACUGACCAGAGCCACAGUUUGUUUUUUAUCGUUUUAUUUUUUGGGUCUGCACCAAACUUGAAGAGGCUUAGCUUUGAUGUUUGUUGCAGUUAUUGUGAGGUCACUUUUGGAUCAGUGUGCUUAAAAAACAAAGUCAUAAUAAAUGGCUAGCUCCUUUUAUCCAAUACCAAAAUAAACAGAAAUCAACACCUAAUAUGUAAUGUUAAAAAAAGAAAAAUGUAAAUCCCUUUAUUGUCAGCGUGAGGUUAAGGGUCUUGCUCAGAGAGCCAGAGUGCAAGCUGUGGGGAUUGAACCGGGUACUUGAAACCUUCUAAGAGCACAAGCACACUGCUCUAACCACUAGACAGACACUAAGAUACAUCAGUCUGUGUGUAAUAAAUCUAUACUUUUAAAAUUAAAAUGUUGGCAAUACAUUUUUCAAUGAUAUUCUCAUUUAUUAAGGUAUACCUGUAAGAUUCAACCUCUCUGUUAUUAAGCACUGAGGCUUGUCUAUUUGUUUUGAUAGAAAUCCUCCUCAUUCCACAACAUAUUUAUGCCACAUUAUACUUUUUUAUUGUAAAAGUGUUUGCUGUAUUUUGCUGUUCGAGUUUUAUAUUUUUUUCAGAAGCCAAUUUUUCAUUGUCCCUAAGUUGUUUGCUUGUGCCAUGAUGAUACCUCCACUUCCCUUGAUUUCUGUUCUCCAGAUGCAAAAUUUUACAUCAACGGUUUCACUCUCCAAGAACAAGGGAUAUUUGCGUUUGAGUCACUCCUAGAAGGUUAUUCUAAAAAAAAAAAAA